GUGGCAAUGUUCACGUACAAUUCAAAGGAGCCUGGAGAUCUGUCGUUUGUACAGGGCGAUGUUUUUCCGGCCCAGAAAACAGAUGAUGACUGGUGGACUGGAACAAUAAAUGGAGUCACAGGCAUCUUUCCUGCCUCCUACGUUCAAGAGAUGGAGACCAUGAACCAAACCACCCCGCCCAGACAAAGCACCACUGGUGAGAUUGAUGACAAGGUGGCCUCAGUCAUAGCGGCCUACCCGGCGACGGGGCCCGAGCAGCUGACGUUACAACCUGGUCAGUUGAUCCACGUUCGCAAGAAGAGUCCCAGUGGAUGGUGGGAGGGGGAGCUGCAGGCUAAAGGUCAGAAGCGUAAAGUUGGUUGGUUCCCAGCAAAUUAUGUCAAACUGCUCGGCGCUGGUUCAAGUCAACAAAUAUCUCCUGUCAAUGCCUCUGCUGUUUCCUCUUCUUCUGCGGUUGGAUCCGUGGUGGCCAUGUACAACUACCAAGGUCAGGCUGACGAUGACCUCUCAUUUGAGGAGGGUAACGUCAUCAACUUGAUCGAAAAGACGAAUUCUGAUUGGUGGAAGGGAGAGUUAAAUGGAGCUGUAGGCAUCUUUCCAGCCAAUUACGUUGCAAUAAUUUCCAAUUCUGGAAAAAAUGCUCUCAACUAA